AUGGAGAGGAAUACAACGGCAUACUAUGAAACGCUCGGUGUAUCAAAGUCUGCUACGCCUGAGGAGAUCAAAAAGGCGUAUCGACGACUAGCCCUACGUUAUCAUCCUGAUAAGAACCCUGAUAGUGCUGACCAGUUCAAAAGUAUCAGUGUUGCUUACGAGGUGUUAAGCGACGAGCAAAAACGACGAGUGUACGAUCGUUAUGGCGAAUUAGGAUUGCAAAUGAUGGAUACGGUUGCCAGCCCUUUGUUUGAUCCCGAGAUAGAAUCGAUGCUCUUUUCGUUGUUCUUCACCAUCGGCCUUGUCUUUGCAUUGUUGAUUAUCUUUUUCGCCUUUUUGACGGUGCGUAUCGACGAGAUUGUUCUCUGGAGUUGGGGUGUUGUUUGGAUCCCAUUAUGGAUUGUCAAUGCCAUCCUUGGAUACAUGGUUGUCAAGUACUUUAUCAAGGCCCUUCGAAAUGAUAAGGAUGAUGAUGACGAUGAUGACGACCACGAUGACGAUGAUGAAACCAAACGAGCUCAACGCAAGGCUGCUCGACGAAGAUUACGUGUCAUGCAACAAGGUGUCUUUGUUCUUUAUUGGAUCCUCGUGCUCUUGUUCCAAAUCUUUAUUGUCCUUCGUCUUGAUGAACGAGUGAAUUGGUCUGCGGCUGUCAUCUUUAUUCCCUACUUUAUCCUUGAAGGAAUCCACUUUGUAUUGCAAGCAGUGGCAUUUACAUUGGCUAUACGUGCUGGUGGUGCCAGGGUGGAUAAACGGCAGAUCCCCAUCCUUGUAUUCAAGCAAUUCUGGUUAUUUGCCAUUCGAUUGGUCUUGUUUGUUCUUAUUGCAACGCGUAUCGAUGGCACCAUUCAAUGCUCGUGGGGAGUUGUAUUUAUUCCCUUGUAUGUGGUGGCAGUCAAGUAUGGAGUGCAGCUGGCAAUGAGCUACGCCACGUAUAGCCGCUUAACAGCUCAGCCCGAACUUGCUCACCAAGGCAAGGUGUCUGUGGUACUUGGUGUUGUGGCGUUGGUUGUGGUGGGUGCCUUGGCCUAUGCACUUAUUGGCUUAUUGGCUCGUCGGUUGGACGGCAUCAACUAUAUUCGAAUGGCGACGGUGUUUGUUCCGCUGUUCAUUGUGUUGGCAUUAUUAUGUUGCUGUGCAGGAUGUUGUCUCCCUUGCAUGGUGAUGAUUUCAACGGCUGCUGAUAUGGAAGACCUUGAGCAACAACAACAACUCGUCGAUCCUAACCGCCGAAUCACACAAUCAGGAGAAUCCUCAUCAUCAAGCACAAUGUAG